AUGUGUGGGAUGGACAAUUUAGAAUUGUUCCAGGUUCCCCCCACCAACAUAGCCUUGGAAGAAUCGAAAUGGAUGGAAUAUUAUCCCAUUUCCAGUACCCUCGAUUCCGAUACAGCUCCCAUUGAAUUCGAUAUUCAGGGACAGGGAGACGAAUACAUAGAUCUCUCACAGACUUAUUUACAAAUAGUUUGUAAAUUCACGAAAGCCGAUGGCGGUAAUUUAACGGGAGUAAAUGGAAUAUCCACUCCCGUGAAUAACAUCAUACAUUCUUUGUUCUCAGAAAUCGAUCUCACUCUGAAUGGUAAAAUCGUUACCCCAGGAACAGAUACCUAUCCUUACAAAGCCUAUUUAGAGAAAUUACUUUCUUACAGACCCGAAACCUUAGACUCUCAAAUGUUUGCUUGCAGUCUGUGGGAAAAAGACACGGCAGGAAAAAUGGAUGAUUGUGAUAUAGCGAAUGCAGCUCUAGGUAAAACUCAAUAUGAUGUGGCUAAUGACAAAAUCACCAUAACUGCUGCAAAUAUGGCACUGGCCUAUCCAGCCGGUUCUGAAAACGACGGGUUGAGAAAGCGCCACAAUAUCGUCGCCGACGGCAAAGAGAUUACUUUAAUCGAUCGUCUGUAUCUAGAUCUCUUUCAACAGGACAAAUUCAUUCCCAACGGAGUAGAUAUUCGUUUGAGAUUUAACCGAACAAAGUCUGAUUUUUACAUGAUGACUAAGGCAGGGAGUACAGGAAAAAUAAAACUUCUGAACGUGUUACUGUGGGUCAGAAAAGUCAGACCUACUGCAGCCGUGUUGAAUACUGUCAACGAGAGGUUGAACGUAGAAACGGCCAAGUAUCCCCUAAGACGGGUAGACGUUAAAACGUUCACCAUUCCUACAGGAACCCAAUCCAAAAUCAGCGAUCAUCUGUUUCAAGGGCAAAUGCCAAAACGAAUCGUUUUGGGUCUGGUAGGUAAUGACGCUUUCAAUGGCACUACCAACAAAAAUCCGUUCAAUUUCAAAAACUGCAAAGUCAAAAGAUUAGAUGUCACCAUCAACGGAGAAACCAUCAGUACCCGACCCUAUGAGCCGGAUUUCGAGAACGACUUGUAUCUCAGAUCUUACUUGAGUCUGUAUCAAGGACUGGGAAAAUUCGGUGCCGAUUGGGCCCCAGGAAUUAGUUUCGACGAGUAUAAAGACGGCUACACCUUGUGGUGUAUAGAUUUCACCAAAGAUCAGGAGGCACAGCUAGACAAGUUUCAUCUGAUUGAAACAGGAAAUUUGAGAAUCGAAAUUCAAUUUGCAGAAAACACGGCAGAAACUCUGAAUUGUUUAGUCUACGCUGAAUUUGAUAACGUGCUAGAAAUCAACAAACAAAGAAAAGUGUCUAUGCUCUUGAUAUAA